UAGAGGAAAAACAGACCAAACGAAGAUACGCACUCGUACCUGUUGCAUCCGUCUGGCUGCUGCUCUCAACAAGUGAUCUUUAAUGCGAACGCACUCCUGUUUUGCAUGCUGCUAGAGGACGGAAUGGCCGCUUAUCAGCAGGAUCCUACAAACGAUCCGGGAUCGCCUUACCAUCCCCAGGAUCCCAUGUCCUCUAUGAUAAAUCAGGAUCUGUAUCACCGAUCUCCCGGAUGCUGCGAGGACUACACCGGCAGUCCGGGAACAUCUCGACAACAACAGUCGAGUCCUGCUGGUUAUUAUAUGUCAGGCUCGCCUUACGCCAGGGCAUGGCCUCAACAAUCCGGGGAAUAUCCGGCUACUAUGGUGACAUAUGGCGUUCCGGACGAUACGACAGCAAACUGGAUGCCAGACGGAUCGAGUCAGGGACCUUAUGGACCACGGAUGUUAUCAAGGAUUAACUCUGCUCCAGCGGAUUUAUCGUCAAUGGAGAGUCCAGCGGAGAUGGGGCGCUAUGGGGAGGGGGCGGCGACCACAGAUCCUAACGGCAGUUCCCCCACACAUGGAGAUUUAGUGGGAAGUUCUUCCCCCAUGCCAGCGGCGGAAUCACCGGCAGAGGUUCCGUCUGGUGUCGGCAAAGGCCGAGCGAACCAGGAGCAGCGCAUCCGACGGCCAAUGAAUGCUUUUAUGGUGUGGGCCAAAGUGGAAAGAAAACGGUUAGCAGAUGAAAAUCCCGAUCUCCACAAUGCUGACCUCAGUAAGAUUCUGGGUAAAAAGUGGCGUGGUUUGAGUCAUGAAGACAGACGUCCCUAUGUCGAAGAAGCAGAGAGGCUUCGAGUACAGCAUAUGCAUGAUUACCCCAACUACAAGUACAGACCGAGAAGGAGAAAAAAUACAAAACGAGGCAGCGUUCGGAAAGGAGCUGCCGCAUCAGCCUCACCUCCACUUAUGCAGAUGCCACUUCCAUCACCAUCCCCUUCUUACUCAUUUCCGCCUGGUGGUAGUCAUCUGAUGGGCGGAUAUAGUGGAAACAAUGGUAGGUCAUCCUCGAUAGCAGGAAUGGAUGUAUGUGGGCUUCAGACUCCUGAUUCUUCUCCCCAUGGCAGCCCCUGCUCAGAGGCUAAUGCAACCCGUAGGAUGGACAGCUACAGGUAUCCCGAUUUCGUUGGUAUGCCCAUGAGCACCAAUCACGCUGUUAGUAAUGGGGAUAUCUCAGGUUCAUCGAAUGUUAGCCCAGAUUCAAUCCGGUCUUUACCAACACCAGAAAUGUCUCCCAUCGACCGAGAUCAGGACGGGUUCCUGUUCCAAGGUUCAGCUCAGAAGGAGGGAGGUCAGGAGCGACGUGAGACAAAAGAAAACCCAGUAACGCAACUCAUCACGCAAUUUAGCGAUUCUUCUAAGUUCCUAAAGAACGUCCGUCCACCUUUCCCCGUUCGGGGAUCUCAUCAUCCAGCGAACGGCAUGACUCUAAGAGAUCUAGUUGCGUCCAGCAGUAAUCCAGCUGCUACUUAUGCCGCUUUAACUUCAAUGUCUGCCUUACCUCACUACUCCAUGGCGACUGAAAUAAUGUCUUCCGAUUCUCACCAUACUGGAAUCAAAACUCAGGAACCAGAAGAGAGGAGUUCUUGCAAUUAUUCAUACAGUUUUGCUGGGGAUGUCAAACCGCCACGCCAGCUGCCCCCUUAUAACCCUUUUGUAUCUACUGCCCUUUACCAAAAUUCCAAUUAUUAUCAACAAGGCCGCUAUUCGCAAGCUGGAGAAGGUGGUUACUUUCCUGAUCCACCAUAUCCGGAGAACGAAUGCAUUGACGAUGUCGACAGAAAUGAGUUUGAGAAGUACCUCAAAGUACCUUCUAACAUUAUGCCGCCGCAGUAUUCUGAGGCUUACCAGUGUGCAGAUGGUCACGCGUACGUUGAAGCUCAGAGUGAGAACUCUAAUACAGACAAAUCUUUCAUGGGCUUACCUAUGGAUAACUCUAUGGAAGGAUUACCUUCUUUUGCCCGAGCAACAUCAGGUACAUCGAACAUUUCAACAAUUUAUGGAACGUCGCCGUCUCCUUCGAAAAGUGAAAACUCAGGACUCAUAGCAGCUUUGUCUGAAGCAAGGCAAAUUAUGCUAUAAUUUUAAACAAAUGUUCACAUUUUACUCUGUAUAGAAGUCUCAAUGAGAGCUGGUGUGUGACACACCUAACCAGUGCCUUUCUUCGGAGUGCCUAUCCAAGUAAUCUCACUGCAGUGAAAAAGAGAAAAGCAUUAUAUAAGGAAAUAAAACUAAUCUCCUUUAAAAAUGUUCUCAACUACAAGAUUAUUCUCUAACUACAACUCUAACUAUAUUAUAAUAAACUGAAUACUUUGUCAGUAACUAACGCUAUUAUAGAAUUGCAAUUAAUUAAAAUUUUUAUUAUAAUUUUCGCCUCAGAAUGUAAUCCAGACCCUACCCUUCAUCCGAAACUCGAAUCAAACAUUUUACUUUUGAAAUAAAUUUCUUAAAUACUAGUUUCACAUGCAUCGUAUGUUUUUAUAAUAAUAUAAGUAACAUAGUCCUGAAAAUAAAAUGCUUGGGAGCAAACUGAAACUAUAAUAUAAAAUUAGCUUCAACCAAAAGCAUUGUAAAACUGUUUCAACGUCUGUGAUCAGUGCAAAAUGUGGUGCCUUUAAUAGUUAUCCGACUUUUGCAAAAAUGUAAAAGGUGUAAAUCCAAAGGAAAUUUUUGAAGUUCAAAAGUGUAAUGGAUUGUAAUGUUAGUUAUAGUGUAUAAACUCUCUUUUUCCUAGUGAGAAUCAUUGAAGGAAGUUACAUUUACUGCAGUGAUGAUGUGCAAUAAAAUAUGGAAAGGCCAAUAUAUACAUCUGCAUCGUUCUAAGGUUUAUUGGUGAAAAAUAUGUAAAUAGGAUUCAUAUUUAAAAAACGUGAAAAUGACUUGAGAGUUUAUGUAGUUUUCUUCUUUUUGAGAACAUGAGAAUUGUACAUUAAACUGUAUAAUGUAAAAUAAUAGGAGUUUCUCGGUGGAUUUUUACAAACACGUCGUGGCAGCCUGCAUGAUCUAUUUACAUAUUUUUGCAAAACAAGGUGUUAAAUAUACAUUAAAUAACUUCCAUAUUAUAUUUUUUUAAACAGAAACCUACCGCUAUAGCACUGUGCUCAAACAGGAAAAAUGUGAUUUUUAGUACUUUAGAAUUCGUAAUUUAGAAUUUAUACUACAGACAGCUUUUUGAAAUUCUUUCAUUAAGUAGAGAAGCUCACAUAGCUUAAGAAAUUAAUGCAGUUUUCUCGUGGUCAUAAAAAAUUACUUAUAGAAUAAGUAAUUUGGAAUGGUAUGGAAAUAAGGUAGAGCUUUAACUGAUGUCUUUGGCACAAAUGCUUGAUAAACUGCUAAAUUUAAGCCGACGUCCAACCUUGGUACGGAAGGUUGGUAGGUUUCUGUUGAUGGGCUGGAAGGACCUUGUCUUGUUCGAAAUAUGUAUUUCGAGUGUGCUCAUUUUUUCUUUCUUUUUUUCUCCAGUAGAUUUAUGUGCGAUUGUGGAUGUAAGGAGACGUUUAAUGUUAAUUCAUAAAUUCAUACAGACAUUCCAUUUUUGUUGUAUUAUUUCCGUGUUUCGAAGUGUGCGAGAGAUUUAUGACAAAAUUCUUAUUUGUUUUAUUAUUAUUAUUAUUAUUAUCAUUAUUACUGGUUGCUUCAGAGUAUAAUCUCCCUUUAUUGUGAAGUCUGUCUAACAAUCCUGGUGAAUUUGUGUGAACAACUCUUAAGACUAGCUCCCCCCAAAAAAUUACAGAACUCCAGCUAUCCGGAUUCCACAAAUCCAGAACUCCAGUUAUUCAGAAUGACAUUCUUCUGGAAAAACAAAUUUGUUUUUCAUUUAUUUACAUGCUUUUGAUUUUUUGUUUUCAAGCAAUAAAAUAAUAAUACCGUACAGCAUCCUUUUCCUUAAGGUUAAAAAACUAGCUUUCUAACUAAAGCAACCAAUAAAGUUAUAAAUUUAUUACAAAUUGUAAGUGGAAAAAUUUACUAAUGUUAUCCGGAUAUUUGAAGUCCUGCUGUGUCCUCUACAUUUCUGACGCGGAAGUGCCGUGAUCAAAGUCUUAUGAGUUAAUACGUCAGUCAUUUUCUCUAUUUGUAUCAGAAAAUAAUGUCUUAAUUUAAUUAUAAGUGACCGCCAGAAAGGGGUUGUGGGUUUAGGGGAAAAAUAAUUCCAUCGUUUAAUUUUUGUUGAAAAAUAUAUGUUUGUAUUUUGCUUCACGGAAAAUAAAUUUAAAAUAAAAUAAUAAUUUUUCAUUAUAAAGUCUUACAUUUUAAUUUUAUUAGUAAAAAUGUGUGCUGAAAUAAAUAUGAUUAAAAAUAUAAAUAAAUAUAUAAAAUUCCAUCCUUUACAUGACAUAGCUAUAUAGAUUACAGAAACAAACAUAACAUCAGUUACCUGGACUUUUCAAUUGUCUAGGUAGGCUGUAGUCCUAUGCAGUCCGGAUAUUUGAAGUUCUGCUGUGUCCUCUACAUUUCUGACGUGGAAGUGCCGUGAUCAAAGUCUUAUGAGUUAAUACGUCUGUCAUUAAAUCUGUUAAUAGAUCAUUAAGUCUCAUAGUCUUCCAUCAACUUUUUAAGAAAUGCCAUCAUAAAUAAGUGUGUGUAAAAUAUACAUGCAUCCAGUUUAUAAAGAUGAGUUUUACUAAGAAAAGUAUAUUGAAAAUCAUAUGUAUGUACUGUGUAUAUUAAGGUUCUAUAAAUUUUAUAAUGAGUAAUUUUAUAGUAUUAGUAAUUUUAUAGUAAAGAUUAAAUAAAAAUUUAUUUAUGUGAAACAUUUAUAAGCUAUGUGAUAUGCUUAUAAAUCAUCAACAAAGAGUCAUCAAUUGAAUUCUAUAUAGAUCCGAUGAAUGCAUAAAGUAAUCAUUUUAAUGGAACAUAAUUUGAAAUCAAACCUAAGUCAAAAACACUACGACACACAUUUUCUCCUUUCAAUGAAUCUUUCAAAGUUCCAAGGAGCUACUGUGAAAUACUGUGUUUUAGUUUACUUUAGCAAUCUAAAAAUUAAUGCUAAGUACAAAAACCACAAAUAGUUUGUUAAAUUCUUUAUGUUUAGAUUGAGUAUAUGUCUCCUUUGCCAUCUUUAUAAAAAGAGAUUUUAAAGAAAAUAAAUAUUUCCAUUUAUGUUUACGCGCUAAUUAACAAGCAAUGUAAUAGAGGAUUAGAAAAUUCUAUGCUUCUUUAAUUAAUAAAUUUAGUGAAUAUGCAAAUGUUUCGUAUGCUUUUUAAAAAAUGCUAUAUUUGUGGUAUUUAGAAGCAUAUGUUUUUAAAAUAAAAUAAACCUUUAUGAAAAUAUAUGAAUAUAAUGAAAAAUUAACACUUAAAAUAAUAUGUAUAUGCAAUAAAAAAUUAAGCUAAAUAUUAACAUAAUGUACAUAUUUAAUUGUUAAAUGAAUUUUAAUUUAUGCAUGUAUAAAGUCCAUUAUAACAACUUAAGUGUAAUAUGGAUAGCACCUAGUGGUAUUUACAUUUGACAUCCGUCUUUAGAUUGUGAAGUAAAGCUUUUUUUUAAACGAGAUCUCAAUUUUUACGAGCUUUCGUUUCACAGUACUAAAAUGAUACUUUGGACUAUAUUUGCAAUUUAGCUGUAAUAGAUUAACUGUGACAGCUUUAAAUGUUACAGUGAAUUCAAAUACUUAUAAAUUAAAGAAAAACUUUUAAAUAUAAAAUGCAUGUUUUAGAUUGGAAUUACAAUAUUUUUAUAAAAUAUUAUCGUUAUCAAAGCACUAUUUCUUUAUAAGUGUGCGUGCAUUGGAGUUUAAUAUAAGACAAAAAAUAUUAUCGCAGUAUAUUUUAAAUUAUCAAUUUAACAAAAAUAUUUUCGUCGGGAAUAAUACGCAGAUUAGGAGAACAGUAAUUUUCUUGACUUGGUUUUCAGAAGAGUGGAAUAAUAUUUGUGUAUUCAGGAAUUGACUUAUAUAUAGAUAAAUAUAUUGGUAAAUUAUCUGAUCAUAUUCAGAGCAAAAUAUUAGUUUAAUCUACUUAUAUUUUAAUUUUUAUUUUCUUCUUGAAAUAAACAAGUAACUGAAGUAUAGUAUGAAAUCAGUAAAUGUAGGUCAUAGUAUGAAAUCUUCCAUUUUUAUUAUUCAUUAAAUGUUAUAUUUUAACUUUUAGUUUUAGGACAUUUCUUCGCAUAGAAAUAUGUAUAAUCAGAAAUCUGAAUAUUGCAAAUUAUAUUUGAACAUGCAAAUUAUAUUUGAAGAAAUUUUACAAGUUUCCGAACAAUAUUAACACGUAUGACGUAUUAGUAACUAUAUUAACGUGUAUGGGAUAUGAAAAUGAAUAAUGCGUAGUUACUAAAGGUAUUUUCAAUAUUCGUUAUAUUUCAUUUGGAGGCUCUUGUUGAAGUUGUGAUUUAUGUUGACUUGACUAAACAGUACAUAUAUUGAUGAACCGGUGUCACAUAGAAAAAAAAAUGGCUGUAUUCUUUAUACGGUACCUGCUAGUCAAAUUUACCACCGAUUUAUUCUUCCGUGCAUCAUCUCUCUCUCUCAUUUGAAACGCUUUCAAGACAGCAAUAAGAAAAAAAUAGUAAAUAAUAUCUAUUCUAAGGUCUCAUGUGUAGUUAAAAAAUUACUUGGGUCUGAAAACUUAGAACACUGUUUGAGCUUACCAGAUUGACGAGGAAGGAGAAUUAAAUCAAAUGCACAAAAAACAUGGAUUACGUCUGAAUUAACAUAAAUUCGGGAAUUUUUAUAUAAAUUAUCCUAUAAAUUUAAUUAUGAGUAAAGAAAAUGAUCGACAAUUAUGCAAAAAAGUGAAAUAUUCAAUAAGGCUAUUAAAUUUCAAGACUACAUUUCUCUAACUUGAGAAUAUUUCUAGCUCUUUUUUUUUUUUUCCCCUCAUUUGAAUCUGCAUCCAGAUUUAGCAAAGAAAUAUGACCAUCAACAAUGUUAUAAUUAACCAGAAUAGAAUUUUCAUAUUUAAAAACAGGUUAUGUCCAGUAAAGUUCUAUGAGUAUACAUGGCCGGUAGUUAACUUUCCUAAUUAUUAAGAAGCUAUGAAUAUAUAUAGCUAGAGUAACAAUUUUAUAAUGUCGGAGAUUUCAGUGAUUUCUUUAGCCUGUUUUAGGAUAUUUUUCUAAAAUUCUAUAACGUUAAAUGUAACUAUUGAUUUCAGAUUUUUUUCUUGCUAUUUCUAAUAUAUUUAUUAGAUAGAUUUUACAUUUAAAAACUCCAAUGCCAUCUUCAUAAAAUUUCCUAUUUUAGAAUUUAAAUUAGAAUUCAAAAAUGUAUCAGGCAACAUGCGUCCAAUACGAAAAAACAAUUUUACUACGCAAUACAAGAUCGCCAUUGAAUAUUUAUAACAGCAAAUAGUGUAAUAGCAAUCACAAAUGGUGUAAAUGCUGAACAUUAAUUUCUCAUUUUGAGAAUGUGCUACAGAAUAACAUACUGCAUUAAAGAAAAAAUAUGUGAAUAUGCAAUAACGUUUCGAAAUACCGCUUAAUUAAUUGGUAAUCUUUAACAUGAUAUUAUUGUUUGUAUUUAUCCCUUUGACAUCUGGUAGACGCUUUUCAUUUCAAAUGCUACUGAAAUGCAAUUUUUUUUUUUUAUUAUUUACGCAAAUUUUAAUCUGUGAAAUUUCAUAAAACCGAUGAAUUCUUUUUUUUUUCCGUGAUAAAUUGCUACCCCAAUUAAAUUUGAUGUUUGUCAUAAAUUAUUCGUAUGCAUUUUAAUCCCGUAUUUUACCUUCAGAAUAUAUUGUCCAUAUCAUAUGCAAUAUAUUUCAUGUUAAAAAUGAUACUGAUCAAAAACCUUUAUUUGCAGAAAAAUACCGGAAAUAGCAAUAACCGAUAGUAUUGUAUGCAAAGAAUUUAAUCUCUUGAGAACAUGCAUAAACAUGCAUUUCCCACCCUUCAAUGAACUGUCUUUACAGUCACGUUUUUCGUUUUCGAAAGUUAAAGUAUUCGAUAAAAUUUUGAUUUGAUCCACAUUACAACAACAGGAGCAAUUUGAGGCUUAACUCAAAUCAAAUACCUUGUUUGGUAAUUCUUUAUUUUUUGGUUCAUCUGAUGAGAUGAAUCUUCAUAUUCUCCUGGUUGCUCUUGCUUUUACAACUAAACUGAUCCUUCUAAACUGACUUCAUGUGAAGCCAUCCGUGUUAAAACAUGGAAGAUAAAAUCGUUUCCCACCAAAACUAAAACUGAUGUCUUCUUAAAGACUACACUUCCUUCUUUUCAAUCAUUUUAAAGACGUAGAAUAAAGUUAUCAAAAAUUAGAAUUUUGUGAGUAAAUUAAUUAAUUUUUGUUUUUUAAAAUUUUUUUACCACUUUUCAAAAAUGUUCACUUUUUACAAUAUCAUGCAUAAUAUCUCAAAUACGGCUUUGGAAAAAUUAUAAUUUAAGUAUAUAUUUUAAAAUCUUCUCAAAGCAAAUAGCCAUUUUAUGGUCUUACUUUCGUACGCAAAAUUUAUUUAAUUUGCAAAAGCGAGAUUGCUAUUCUUAAAAUGUAAAGUCAAAGCAAAAUUAAGUGACAUUCCACAGCAGUUUUUCUUGCAUUCGCCAUUCAUUGCACCACCACAAUUGUUUGUAAAUAUGGAAACUGAUUUUACAGAAAUGCUGUUGUAAAGUUAAAAUAAUAUUGGUGAGCAACUGUAGGUAUCCAUGGAUAUCCGGUAUUCGAAAAAAAAAUUAACUUCACAUUUUAUGGAAAUAUAACGGAUAUAUAAUGUUACAAUAAUUUAUAACAAAUAGCAAAUUAUCCAUGAAAAACUAAUGUAAAAAGCUUAUCAUAAAAUUAUUACGUAUCUGUUUUACUUUAAUAUCAACGAAUGUUUUAAAAUUUAAUGCGCAUACAUAUCACAUGCAUCGUAAACUUAAUUCAAGUUUAUAUAAAUUGAGCACGUAUUAAUGAUAUAUUUUGACAUCAUCAACGUAAACCAGUAGUUUAUUUUAAAGGACUGCCAUUAUAUUAUAUUUCUUGUACGAAAAUUGUACCUCUUGUGGUAUUUGCACAUUGGCUUUUUUCUGCAAAUAUCAGAGACUUAAUCUAUAUUAACUUACUUGUACAAGAGAUUAUACUUCUUAAAUAGAAUCAAUUAGUCAUGUGUCUGCAUUGAUUUUGCUGUGUUUUACACUCAAAUUAAUAUUCUAAACAGGAGCAAAUAUUUUUAAUGGAUAGUUUCUUUUAGUACUGCAAUGUCGAAAAUUGUACAGUGGCUCUGUGAAUAAGUACAAGGAUUUUUCACAACUUAAACUACGCUAAUAGUUUCUUAUAUCUAUAUAUAAUAUAUCUUUUGAUAUAUAUUAUUCAAUAUUGUAUUAAUUGUUGUUAUAGAUUAAUAAUAGUUUUCUGCAUAAAAUGAAAUGCAAAUAAGCAAACGCCUUAUAUAUAUUUACUAUAACUCCUUCCUCAAAGUUUUGUAAGAUACUUACAGAUGAGCUUACAUUUCUUAGAAAUGUUACAAUAUGGAUAAAAUCUGAAAACCCUAUUGUAUAGAAAGUUGCCUUCAUUUUAUAAAAUCGAACUUUGUACUUAAUUUAUAUUAUUGUAUUGUAUUAAAAUGUGACAAAAUGUGAAGUGAUGUUUAGUAUUCCUCGAUAUUGCAAUUGUUCUUUGAAACAAGUAUUAUUUUCCCAUAUAUAUGUAUGAAAUACCUUGCAGUAUUUUUUACCUACAUCUUUACCUGUUUCUGAUCUGUUAUUGUAAUAUAGUCAUGUCUAAUUAAGUUCGAAAUGGUUUUGUAACUGUGGAAAUAAUGUUGUUGAAAGCACCUGGAGCAACUUUGUUGUAGUUAUUAAAAGUACUUUAACUUCCAA